AUGGCGGCUCCCGUAGAAAGACUGUUAGGUGAUUAUGGUGGAGCAAAUGCACCAACCGGCCGGAUGACAAUAGUGAAUCAACCGGUCGAUGUUGCCCACUUUCAGUUGCACCCGGCAACCAUACGACAACUUGAGAAGAAACCUUUCUCUGGAAGAAUUAAUGAAGAUGCCAACAAGCAUUUACAAAGGUUUCUUACUAUGACUACGUCGUUGAAAAUAGAGGGGCAUUCUGAAGAGGCAAAGAAACUAGUGAUGUUUCCGUUCACUUUGUCAGAUGAUGCUGAAGAAUGGUUUUACUCUUUACCUGCUGGAACUGCCGGUGGCUCAACAAAUUUCAAAACAGCCACGGAAAUCAAGAAGAUCAUUGAUGCUAUCGCGGCAAAUGAACACUUGGAGUUAUAUGACCGUAGUGUUAAUCAGCCUGAAGGGUUAAUUGAUUUGAAGUUGUCAAAUCAAGUUGUUAAGAUGGAAGACCAAAUUGUGGCUGAAGUUGAACGAAGACUAAAACAAAUGGCUCUCGAGAAGCAAACUGUAGCACAGGUUCAACCAGCUCAGCCGAUUCAAGCGAUGAGUCAGAUAGCACAACAACUCGCCAAUGCUCAACCACAAGGUGCCUUACCAAGUGCAACUGUUACAAACCCAAGGGAGCAUCAGAAUGUGAAUGUCAUCUCAACAAGAAGUCUGAGGAGAUCAAAACCAGAAGAAAAAAGUGAAAUUGAGUAUGAUGAUAUCAUCGAAGUAGAUCUUGAAGUGCGUGAAAAUAAGAAAGUGCCAGAGGAGGUGAUACAACCUGUGAAGCCAACUGAAGAGAAAAGAAGAAAAGAGCCGACACCAUUGAUUAAGUUGCCGUAUCCUUCUCGAGUAGCAAAGAAGGACCAAAAAGAGAAAGACUUUGAGAAGAAAUUCAUGAAGGAAGUGAUAUCUAAAAAGAAACCAACAAGGGGUGAAGGGGUAGUUAAGAAGGAGAAAUGUUGUGCAAUCUCACCAGAGAAGAGAAUACCAAUCAAGCAGAAAGAUCCUGGAUCAGUUGCAAUACCGUGCACGAUAAAAAACAGAACUUUCAUGAAGGUUCUAAUUGAUUCGGGUGCUAGUGUGAGCUUAAUGCCAUUAUCUAUCUUCAAAAAGCUCGGUAUUCAAAAGGUGAGUGAAAGAGGAACAGAGUUGAAAUUUGCAGAUCACACAAUGAAGAGGUCAUAUGGGGUGGCAGAAGAUGUAUUGGUAGAAAUUGACAAAUUUGUUUUUCCAGUUGAUUUUGAAAUAAUGGAUAUCCCUGAAGAUGAAGAGACCCCUAUUAUUCUGGGUCGACCUUUCUUGCGCACUAGUAGGUGCAAUGUCGAUAUUGAAAAAGGUACUCUGACUUUGAAAUCUUUUGAUGAAGAAAUAACUUUGAAAGUGUUAGAUACCAAGAAGCAAGGUGAAAGUGGAGAUAAUCAAUCUUCAGUUGGAAUGAUCCACAUAGUAGGAAAAAGCAAAAGAUCAGAACCAACCCCAAAAAAGGUCUCAAGCAUAAUCUCUCAGGUGGCAGCAUCUCAUAUAAAAACUCCAAAGUCCAAUAAAGAAAUCAAGGAAAGAAAGAAAAAGGAACAUCAAGGUAAGGAGAUGGAAGUUGAAAGUGACUUGAGGCACAAAGUGUUCCAUCCUUUAAAUUUAGAUGAGUUCUGGGUUGCGGAAAGGACAAGCAAAAUGGUGUGGAAGAGGAAGUAUCCCCCAUAA